AUGUUGUUUAACAAGAUCACAGCCCUAUCCUUGGGCUCUUUGAUUGCUAACAAGGUCUUUGCCGCAGACUUGCCUGCAAUCGACGUAAAGGGCAACAAAUUCUUUUUCUCCAACAAUGGAUCCCAGUUCUACAUGAAAGGUAUUGCUUACCAGGAAGACAGUGCCAAUGUUACCUCUGGUGAAAGCUUCAACGAUCCUUUGGCAGAUUACAGCACCUGUUCCAGAGAUAUUCCAUACAUGCAGGCCGUAGACACGAACACUAUCCGUGUGUACGCCCUCAACACUUCUUUGGACCACACCCAAUGCAUGCAAGCUUUGAACGACGCCGGUAUCUACGUGAUUGCCGAUUUGUCGCAACCCUCCGAGUCCAUCAACAGAGAUAGUCCAUCAUGGACCGUGGAGCUGUAUGAGCGUUACACAUCGGUUGUUGAUGAGUUCCACAACUACACUAACAUCUUGGGUUUCUUCGCGGGUAACGAGGUUACUAACAACAAGAGCAACACCGACGCCUCUGCUUUUGUGAAGGCCGCUAUCAGAGACACCAAACAAUACAUUAAGGACAAAGGAUACAGAGAUAUUCCAGUCGGAUACUCCACCAACGAUGACGAGGAUACCAGAGUUGCCAUGGCUGACUAUUUCGCCUGUGGUGAUGACGAUGUCAAGGCUGACUUUUACGGUAUUAACAUGUACGAGUGGUGCGGUUCCUCUACUUUCCAAGCUUCUGGUUACGCUGACAGAACCAAGGAUUUUGGUAAUUUGAGCAUUCCAGCUUUCUUCUCCGAGUACGGUUGCAUCGAGAGCAGACCUAGAAAGUUUGAGGAGGUUGCCGCGCUUUACGGAAAGAACAUGACCGACGUCUGGUCCGGUGGUAUCGUGUACAUGUACUUUGAAGAGGCAAACAACUAUGGUUUGGUUUCUAUCCAAAACGACAAAGUCAGCACUUUGUCCGAUUACAGUUACUAUUCUGUAGAAAUCAACAAGGUCUCUCCAACUUCUACCAACUCCGCCUCUUACUCUCCAUCCUCUACAUCAUUGUCCUGUCCCGCAACUAACUCUAAUUGGAAGGCUGCUACCAGCUUGCCUCCUACCCCAAACAGUGCCUUGUGUGACUGUAUGUCCCAGUCUUUGAGCUGUGUUGUUGCUGAUGACGUUAGUGAUGAUGACUAUGGUGAUUUAUUCGGAAUCGUGUGCGGCAUGUCCUCAGAUCUAUGUGACGGCAUUACUGCCAAUGGUACUGCGGGUAGUUACGGUUCUUACUCGUUCUGUAAUGAUAAGGACAAGCUAUCAUUUGUUUUGAACAAUUACUACCAGAACAACGGUAAAAGCAAGUCUGACUGUGACUUCAGCGGUUCAGCCACUUUGCAAAGUGCUUCUACCGCCUCGGCAUGCACCUCCGUACUAAGCCAGAUUGGUUCCGCCGGCACCGGUUCUGCCAGCGGUCUUUCUACCUUCUCCAACUCUGGCUCGUCCUCUGCUUCUGGAUCCGGUUCCAAGAGUGCUUCUGGAUCCAGCUCCAGCUCCAGCUCCAGCGGUUCUUCUGACAAGAAGAGCGCUGCUGUGUCCAACACUCAAAACUCUUUGGGCAAGGUCUUUAUGACUGCCUUGAUUGCCAUCGGUGCUACCGCUGGUGUCGGUUUUGUCAUUGCUUAG